CCCACCAGCGUGAAGAUCACCAUUGUUGUGGUGUACAUGAUCGUCUGUGUGGUGGGCCUCCUGGGGAAUUGUCUGGUCAUGUACGUCAUCAUCAGGUACACGAAGAUGAAGACGGCCACCAACAUCUACAUCUUCAACCUGGCUCUGGCCGACUCGCUGGUCCUGGCCACGCUCCCGUUCCAGGGUGCUGACGUUUUCCUGGGGUACUGGCCCUUCGGGAACUUCCUGUGCAAGGUGGUCAUCGCCAUCGACUACUACAACAUGUUCACCAGCACGUUCACUCUGACCGUGAUGAGCAUGGACCGCUACAUCGCUGUGUGCCACCCAGUCAAGGCGCUGGACAUGCGGACCCCCCACAAGGCCAAGGUGGUGAAUGUCUGUGUCUGGGCGCUGGCCUCCGUCAUCGCCGCGCCCGCCAUGGUGCUGGGAGACGUGGAGGUGGAGGCAAAUGUGACGGAGUGCAUCGUGGUGCUGCCGGACCCGCGCAGCUACUGGGACCCGGUGUUCGGCACGUGCGUGUUCCUGUUCUCCUUCGUGGUCCCGGUGGCCAUCAUCUGCGUGUGCUACAGCCUGAUGGUGCGGCGGCUGCGCAGCGUCCGCGUCCUGUCCGGCUCCAAGGAGAAGGACCGCAACCUGCGGCGCAUCACGCGCAUGGUGCUGGUGGUGGUGGCCGUCUUCGUGGUGUGCUGGACGCCCGUGCAGAUCAUGGCACUGGCCCAGUCGCUGGGUGUCAACCUGGGCAGCCUGCUGACCGUGGCGCUCAUGCACUUCUGCAUCGCGCUGGGCUACGUCAACAGCAGCCUGAACCCCGUGCUCUACGCCUUCCUGGACGAGAACUUCAAGCGCUGCUUCCGUGAGUUCUGCCACCCCGUGGGCUUCCCGCUGGAGAUGCAGCAGUCGGGACGCCUGCGCAGCAUCGCCCGGGACACGCCCUACGACUGCCCGCCCACCGACGCCAAGUGCAACCCCACCUGACUAGGCGUGGAGCUGCCCUGGGUAAACAGAGAGCCGCCGGAGACGGGUAACCCCAGGGGAGAGCUCACCCAAAUUACCACCCUCUAACUCAGGCCAGACCUGGGACAGGGAAACAC